AUGGUGCCACUUCGUGAUGUCAUAAUUACAGAAUCUCUAAUGUUAUUUUAUAUAUUUGUUAUAAAAAUUAUAGGUGGACUGCACGAUAAAGAUGAGGCUUUAGAGAAAGAAAAUUAUAAUACAUUGAAUGAGAAAACAUGGGCGGAUUUAAUUGCAUUAUGUCAAGAAAGGGGUUUACCGGCUGAAGGAGAUAAAGCUAUAUUGAUAAAACAGCUAUUGGAUUGGAAGUCAAAUACAAGACCCGUGCCAGCACCCUCAACACCAAGGCUUUUUUCCAGUGAAGAUCAAAAUUCUAACAGACAAAAUAAUAUAAAUUCGGUUUAUAUAUCAUCAUUGCUUAUAAAAGGCGACGGAGAUGAUGGAAUAGAAUCAAUUAAUUAUGACGAACUUGUGAUUGGAAGAAAGUUAGGAUCUGGAGGAUUUAAAGAUUGUUAUGCAGGAAAACUUAAAGGAAGAUGGAAAUGUAAUCUUUUUUACCUUGGAGGUGAAUGGUCUUCUGAAAAUGAAACUAGAAAGUGGGCUAAAGGCGAAGCUGCUGCUCAAGCUGUUUUGGCAAUUUAUAAAGAGCGAUCUAAAGAGCGUGAAUGUGAAGAAGUGAAAGAUAUUCUUAUAAGAUUAACGAAAAAUGAUCGAACGCUUUUACCACCACCGCCAACAUCACCAUCACCUUUGGAAGCUUUUUCAUAUGAAUUUUUUAGAACUAAAGAAAAAGGAUACAACCUUGUUAUUCCUACUUUACCAACAUACGCCAAGUCACCAAUAUACACUAGGACAGCCAAAGUAUUCGUUAACAAAGAUGAAUUACCACAAAAUCUGUUUACUAUUCAAUAA